AUGUCAUCUGGUAAAUGUUGCAUCGCCGGGAGCACCAAACCAAGGAGGAGCAUGCGUCAAAAGAUAAAAGAUGAAAUAGAGAAACGGAAAGAAAUGCUCCGGGAUGCUGAUAAAAGAGCUCAUCGGACGAGCACUAGUCAAGAAAAUAAUCCAAGCGAGAAAGAUAAUAAUGGUCAUGGAGACGCCCCAGAAUUGAACUGCAAUUUUCCUAGAGAGAAAAAGAUAGGGGUCCGCGAAAAGGGCAAGGUAACAGAAAAGGCGAUACCGAGAUGGUAG